ACAUUUCCCAGCAGCCACCACGGCCUGGAACUUCCUGGAAAAGCGGAAAACAAGUUAUUCAUCUGUAAGACGUUAAACAUAUUAUACAAACGUACUUUAGCGUAUCGUGUUGGUUCAGUAGUAACUUCUGGUCGCAGUGUAGACAUAUUUAUAAUUACGACUGUCCGACAAAAUUGCUGAAUUAGUGACAUAGCCGCUGGCGUGCUAAUUAGCUAGCUUGUUUUUAGCAGAAGGACGAUGAAGAGUCGAGCCGACGAGGAAGACUAUUGGAACAAUUCCAAGUGUAAAGCUUUCACUUUCGAUGAUGAAGAAGACGAAUUGGGCAAACUGAAAGAAUCCAAACAGACAGUCAACAGCAUCCGACUGGUGGACGAAGACGACGAUGAUGUGGAGAAGGUCAACUGGAGUGGCGAGCCGGUGGGAAGCAUCUCCUGGUCUGUCCGAGAGACCUCUAAUGACAGGGCGGACAGAGAGGUUUCCUUCCCCCCAAGAAUCAACGUGGACGCGCCGAGCCUCGUCAAAGUCAACUCUGGAUAUUCACUGAGCUCGCUCUUUAAAGGAAUAAAGGGAGGAAAUGUCACAACAUUUGCUGAAGCACUCAGCGACCCAUCUGCCAGAAUUCUUGCUCCAGAAGUACGAAGACCCAAAAGUGAAAACCAGGAUCUGGUUAGCGCUUGGUCACCUCAAGAGGCUGUGCACAGGAUGCAGCAAGGAAAGGGAGUCUCUUUGGAGAGGUUUCGUUGUUUACGCGACAAAGUGCGACUGCUGGAUUUGGCCGUCAGCGCUCACGAUGGCAACGUCAUCACAGCUGUUUUAAUUUAUCUAAAGAAGACUCUGAGUAAAGAGGUUCUGUUUGGAGAGCUGCAGUCCAGACAGACAGCGCUGAGACAUUUCAUUCACUUCCUAAAGGAAAGCGACGAGAAGUCACUCUUACUGGAUCUGUUCAGAUCUCUGGGACGCAUGGAAGACGUGGCGUUGUUUCAGUACAGAGACCACCUGAGCAUCACAGAUGAAAAUAAGAGGCGGGACUUCCUGGAGAGCUGCCUGAGUCUGCAGUUUUCUCCUGAAGACCAGGUCCAGGUCCAGGAUCAGGUAUCUCUGCUGAAAAGGCAGAUGAUCUUGGAGGAAACGGACCGCCAGGCCGAACAAGGAGGAAAGCUUGAGAUCUUCCAGAAGUUUCCCAGAGGACCUUCCAUCCUCCACAUGCCGCUCAUCAGCACCUUGCAUUACUGCUGCGUGUACCACUACACCCAGCCUGAGGCCAGCUCCAGCAGUCCGCUGAACAUCCGUCUCAGCUUCAAGAUAUCCAAGAAACAGUUUUUGGUGACAGCUUUGGCGGCGCGAGCAAAGAUGAAGGCGUGGUCUGACGUGGACGCUCUGUUUACUAGUCGCAGCUGGCUCGGCUUCACCAGGAAAAAAUCUCCACUCCGUUUCCAAAAAGUUGUCGACAUCCUGCAGAAAAGCUCCGCCCCCACGAAGGUGCUGCAGGAUUAUGUGGGUCUGGUGGAUGAUGCCAACGUGAGGAUCACCCUGGCUCAAAAACACAAAUGUCACGACAUCGUCAUCAACACGUACCGAGACCUAAAAGACCGUCAGCUGUUAUUAGAAUACCGAGGAAAGGUGGAGGUGGGGUCAGCCGAAUAUAGGAGGAUCGGCGAGCUACUCAACAACUCGCAAAUCCGCUGGAAAAACUGACAAGCAAGUUAUCAGCUUUCUGCAGUCAUCAUUUUGACAUAUAAAACAUGUCACUUCCUGUUCCGCUCAGCCAAAUAAACUACAAGCAAUGAUCAACAACUUUCAGUGUUACAUCAUGGAAGCUUCGCGCUUAGUGUUUAACCUGAAGGAUGCUCUACUCUGAUUGGCUCAGCUUUCUGGAAGCAGAGUCAACGUUAGCCACAAAAUGCUAACUGAUGUUAACAGUAAAGAAGCACAAAUUUGAAACA